GGAGCCAAGGGAUGCCGUUUUGGCAUUGAUAACCCUACUGGCUACCUCCAUCAAACUCCUUCCUCCACUCCAUACAAACGGCCGCGCAGCGGGAGAAGCUCGGCCGCCGCAUCUCCUCCAGCGACCUCCAUCGAUCGGCCUUCUCUCCACUCGGCGAAUCCCGAUCGAGUUCCUGCGGCUGCUUGGAAACAAAUCACAAGUCUCCUUCCUCUCCCCGGGAGCCACUGCCACAAAAUCCAUCAUUCCCUUUCCGAUUUUAUCCACGAACUGAUUGCGUCCUUUAGGCGUUCGAGUCCAGGAUUCGCAAUGGGAAGGUCGCUUCUCUUCUCUGCAAACAUCUCUCUCAAAUCUUCUUGUCACUUGCCCAGGUGCUCAUUACCCUCCUUCAAUCGCUCGUACCAAUGCGUUCCUUUCUCAUUCAAGGGCAAUUCUCACAAUGGGUUCCCGAGACUUCCCUCCAUUCACGCCAAGCCGGCCCGGAAUCUGUCCACAACGAAGGCAGUGCUAUCGGAGCUUCCUUACCAGAGCCGGUACCCGAAAAUUGGAGCUUCAUCUACCGGACCCAUUCCGCUGAACCAGCUCAUUCAAGUCGUUGAGACUGCCGCCAAGACUGGAGCCGAGGUGGUGAUGGAAGCAGUUAAUAAGCCCCGGAAUAUCACUUAUAAAGGGCUUACUGACCUAGUCACCGACACAGACAAAAUGAGCGAGGCUGCAAUAUUGGAAGUCGUUAACAAGAAUUUCGGAGAUCACCUUAUUCUUGGGGAAGAAGGAGGAGUCAUUGGUGAUAGCCAUUCCGAUUACCUCUGGUGCAUUGAUCCUCUAGAUGGAACAACAAAUUUUGCGCAUGGUUAUCCUAGCUUUGCUGUAUCCGUAGGAGUUCUCUUUCGAGGAAGGCCAGCUGCUGCUGCUGUGGUACUGACCUUUACAUAUUAGAUUGAGUUGACAUUUGUACUGAAUAAGAUACUAGCCGGGAAAUAAUGUCUAAACUGUGAUGCUCGACAGAUUCUUCCAAUAAGAACUUUAUUGAUGUUGUUUCUAACAAUAUUGUUUAUAACUCUGAAAUAGCUUCAGAAGGCUUAUUUGAUUAUGAUGAAGAACAACAUGGUACUUGGUUCAAUUGCGUACCAGAAAAACUCAUGGGACAAAAAGAGGGAAAACAAGGCAUAGUGUAUGAGUACAAGAUAAAGAAAUCAUAAUGGCAUUCUUGUUUCUCCUUAUAGGUGGAGUUUGUUGGAGGUCCUAUGGCAUGGAAUACUCGUACUUUCUCUGCAACUGCAGGUGGAGGAGCUUUUUGUAAUGGUCAGAGAAUUCAUGCCAGUCAAACUGACACGGUGGAACGAUCUCUUCUGGUGACUGGGUUUGGGUAUGAGCACGACGAUGCAUGGUCUACUAACAUUGAAUUAUUCAAGGAGUUUACAGAUGUUAGCAGGGGUGUAAGAAGGCUUGGCGCUGCUGCAGUUGAUAUGUGCCAUGUAGCUCUAGGUAUUGUGGAAGCUUACUGGGAAUAUCGACUAAAGCCAUGGGACAUGGCUGCUGGUGUUCUGAUGGUUGAAGAGGCUGGUGGAACAGUAACAUGCAUGGAUGGCAACAAGUUCUGUGUUUUUGAUAGAUCAGUUUUGGUAUCCAACGGGGUACUCCAUUCAAAGCUUUUGGAGAGGAUUGCACCUCCGACCGAAAAGCUCAUAAGCAAAGGCUUUGAUUUCUCGCCAUGGUUCAAGCCAGAAAAUUACCAUACAGAUUUUUGAAUUGCUCCAUUCAAACCAAGCAUAGAAGCAGCAAAACAGGCGCUGCCCUUUGUUGUACCUUUAGACCUGAGCUUUCCGUGUUUAUUUCGUUUUGCAAUACAAGUUUGAUGAUUGUUUAUAGUUUCAAUAAUAAGUUUGUUGGCCAGCAAAUAAGCCUCUUUCCAGAGUGUUGUAUCUUGUCCUGAAUUUCGACCCGAAACCACGUAUCAUUAUUUUGGAAACUCUCAUCUCCCUAUCGCUAUGUAGUUGAGGACUUUGGUCGGAUGGUGACUUCUUUGAGAAUCAGCCCCUUCUUCCAGGUUCCUCCUUCAUAUUCAAACAUAGAGAUCUCCAUAUUCCCACCAAUAUUUUCAGGUGAAGUUCUGAACUCACCAACGGGGAUUUCAAUCCAUUGCAAUCUUGGUUUCGUCAUUAGGUUCUCUUUGUGCUCUUGCUUGACUCUAUUUGGUAGAGUGAGUCUGAAAUUCACUGGAACUUCCCAUCCUGCUGCCGAAUCUUUCAGCAUUAUCACAAAUAUAACUUCAUACAAAGUCCCAGGAGAAAGCUUUGUUGUGUCAAAGUUCCCAUGAACCUCCAGCCAGCAAACUGCUAAAAGCUCUGCGGCUUCCACCGUAACAUCUCUGGUCUCAGUUAUAGAAGGCCAAUGCCAGUAACGUGGGUCGUCAGCCCAGGUGAUCAGGAGAUCUCUAGCAAACAGAGUGAAACAGUUGCUGUUGGAGUUCCUGUCAACCCAGUACUUCUUGCUCUUUUUGUUCAGGAAAACUCCAGAGAAGAGUUGAUUGCACUGCCUAUCAGGGGAAGAACGCUCAAUUGGGGUAUCUGCUUCUCGCAAUAUAGCUUCCCAGUUAUGUGGAAGCUUCACUUGUGUUGCUGCAGAUGCCCUAUUCUUGGCCUCCCCCAACUUGCCAUCUCCAGAUCUUUCAACCAUGUUGGAUAUGUUCUUGCUCUGUUUUGCUUCACUCUGAUUUCCUUGACUCUGUUUCUGAGAGUACUGUCGCUGCAGCUGACCCCCGCCCGUGAUGGGUUGUGUUGCUUGCGUUGCCGCUGGUGUCCUGUUCCUGGCCUCCUGGAACUUGCCAUCUCCAACUUUUUCAGCUGUGUUGGAUUUAUUCUCACUCUGCCUUCCUUGACUCUGUUUCUCUUCACUCUGUUUCUGAACAGAGUGCUGCCGCGGCAGCUGACCUCUGUCCGCGGUGGAUUGGUGGGUUGGCUGCUGCAGCUGUGAAGCUGCUGCGGCCGCCUCGUCAUCCUGCGACCACCCUGUUCCC